AUGCUACGGCAGUCAACUCGUAGCGCGAAUUGCCACCUUGGCUGUUUGGCGUUGCUGUUCUUCUUUCUAUCUUUUGCGCCAUCUGUCACGGCGUUGGAAUGCUCUAUUGACUACCCAAACACAUUUGGUAUCAAUCUAGGGCAUUCCCACUCUACAGUGUCAGUGUUUCAUCAGGGGGCUGUUAGGUUACCUGUCAAGAACCAAAUUACCGUCCCGAUUCGUCCAAAUCCCUUAGAUGAACCAGAGCUAUUUCUCUCAGGCCAAGAGUCCAGUCUACAAAGUGGAUUGUUUAACACAAGUCACAAGGUUUGCCACCCUGAAGAGCCGCAGUAUUACAUCGCUCAAACAUUCGAAACUUCAAUUCCAGAGCCAAAUACUACGUCUGUUGCAGGCGAAAAUUUCCACCGUUCGCUCUCCGUUAUCUUCCGACAGAUGCGCGGCGUCGCUGAAGGUUGGUUUGGAGACAGUUCAUCAUUUGCUGUUGUCACGGUGCCACAAGCUUGGUACAGUGACGAGGUUCAGAAGGCCAUAAAAACCGCUGGCGAGGCAAUUGGCCUCGACAUCGUCCAAGUCAUCAAUGCGCCCAGCGCUGCGGCCCUAGGUCACCGGCUGGACAUUGAGCCUUUGAACGAUGAGAAGGUUUUGGUAUACGACUUAGGCCGUUAUGCAUUUGAGGCGACCGUGCUCGAUGUCAACUACGGCGUUAUCAAUACAAUACAAUCAUCGCGAAGCAUUUUGGACGGGGCAAGCUCCAUUCAUCAACAGAACCCCCUCGAAUACAAUGAACCCGCGAUUAAACCCCUUUUCGAGGAAACAAUCUCACACGUUGAGAAGAUUCUUGCCGACGCUAAUCUCACCAUAGAAGACAUCUCAACCGUAAUUCUUACGGGACAAGAUGCUGGACAUUCGCAGGUUCUGGAGGGCUUAGACACGUUUCUUAACCCUCAUGACACCAGAGAUAUCGCGUAUUAUAUUCUCGAUUAUACGGAUGAUGCCGUCGCCGUUGGUACCGCGUACCAGGCUCUUCUGAUGUCCAGUGAGACCUGCGAAGAGGCGUCGUAUCUUCCUGCCAUUCUGGACCGCGCCCUCGGUGUAGGUGUCCUUGGGGGCAUGACAACUCAGAUGAUCAGGCGAUACUCCGCUGUCCCGCUGGAAAUGACAUACAAUUUUACCACGACCCUUGAUAACCAGUCUGAUGUCAUUAUACCGGUCUUACUCGGCGGCUUCGUUUCCUCCGAACGGAAUCGGCCGAUGGGCACCCUUAAGUUGGCCGGCAUUCCCCCAGUCCCUCGUGGCGAACCAACCAUCUCGGUUCGAAUUCAACUCGACGAGGACAGCACAGGAGACAUUGUCCUGAGCGCUCAUGCUGCCUAUUUGGACAAGAACGGCAGAGAGAUCCUCAGCGACAGUUUAGUUCGAGACAACUGGUUUGGUUAUGAAGAUCCAGACCUGGAAGAAACCAUUGCGGAGGAACGCGCCGACGAUCUCAAGGACUACAAGAUCUGCACCAACCCUGCUAUGCGCUUCGAGCCUAACGCAGUUGUCAGGAGGGACUAUAGCCAGUUGGACCAGUUUUGGACGACAAAAGUUGCUGCGAGAGAGUUUGAAGAGGGCCAUUUCGCUCGCGCCCUUUGCUUGUAUGAGAAGUCGCUGCCGUACUUUCCCAUCGGCCACAAAGAAAUUGCAGCCCAGAUAAGGCGCAUUCGACGCGUUUUUUCCACUGAUAAUGACGAUACAGCGGUUUUAGGAGCGGAUAACCCGUUUACAACGCCCUCUCGAACUGGCUGCUAA